GCAGACAGAUGUCAGGAUAGAAUCGGCGGCAUCAUAUACAAUGUGUCUUAUCUCGGCGGCAGCGUAGAGGCCGGCCUGUCGAAUUGUACCUACUACUCGUCUACCUCAUACCGGCCUUUACAUUAGUAAUCUGCUUCCCUCUACCUAGCUCUCUCCAACUUCGUUAUUCCGCUCCCAGCCGAGCUAUCCUUAACCAACCCCCAUUUCCUACGUACACCAGGUCGGCCUCAGCAAACCAACCCGGCCAAUUCCACUCGCGACGAGAAGAGAGGGACAGACUGACUAUCUGUUCACCGAGCCUCGAGCCUCCGAGCCGGCGGCCAGGACGAAACUGUAUCCUCCCAGUCAGAGAGUACCGAGACACUUAUCCCCUUCCUCUUCCUCUCCCGCUUCCCCGUCGUAGAGAAACGUAGCUUCAUCGCCUCCCGAAGCUGACGGCGACAUCUACAUUCAUAUAUUCAUUUUUUUUCACCUACACGCUUGAUCUCUUGUCGCGUUCCUCGUCAUCCGUUUACUUGAUACGCAGAACCCGUCCCACUGGCCAGCCCAACCAACCGCAACCAUGCUCUCGGCGCCGGUAAACCUCCCAAAGUGGCUCGAGGAGAACUCUCACCUCCUGAAACCGCCCGUCAACAAUUACUGCGUCUACAAUGAGGACUUCACCAUCAUGAUCGUCGGCGGCCCCAACGCCCGGACGGACUACCACAUCAACCAGACCCCGGAGUGGUUCUACCAGUACAAGGGCGCCAUGCUGCUCAAGGUCGUCGACGACGGCAAGUUCAGGGACAUCAUCAUCCGGGAGGGCGACAUGUUCCUCCUGCCCGGCAACACCCCGCACAAUCCCGUCCGCUUCGCCGACACCGUCGGCGUCGUGCUCGAGCAGAAGCGCCCCGCCGACCUGCUCGACCGCAUGCGUUGGUACUGCCAGGGGUGCGGCGAGGUCGUCCACGAGGCCGCCUUCCACUGCACCGACCUCGGCACCCAGAUCAAGGCCGCCAUCGAGACCUUUAUGGCGAGCGAAGAGAGCCGGAGGUGCAAGGCCUGCGGCGAGAUCGCGAACUCGGUACCGAAGCCCGGGACCAUUAAAGAUCCAAACCGGGAGUGAAGGAGCAGAAAAUCUGGCUGUCGGAUCGCUCAGCUUAGCCCAAGGUAGAUUACAUAUCUCCCGUUUCAGUAUGCGGUGCGGUUAUAAAUACGCGUAUUUUUACCGUGCGAUCAGACUCCCUUUCCAGUCCCUCAAAGAUAAUCUCAGAGCACUCUCGUCAUCAGACUCUCCCACUAGUCAUAAAUUUUCCAUGCUGGUAAGUUCGGGUAGCGGAGAAUUAGCUCAGAUAUACUUCUCUCUCC